GCUGCGAUUGGCGGGCGCGGUCUGUCACGUGACGGAGAGAGCCGCCGAGGGCGCCCUGCGCCUGAUGUCACAUGACUCCGCUUAGCAACAGCGCGGGCUUCCUUAGCAGCGAGCCCUAGUGCCCAUGGUGUGGGGCGAGCUGGCCGGGCCCCCGAGUGUCCCUGGGGCUGGGUGCCCGGGGGAUCGCGUGGCCGCCUUCUUCUGGGCCUCCAUCUGCUGGGCAUCUUGGGCUCCGGCUGGCUGGCGAGCGGGCUGAGCGGCCGCCUGCAGGGCGGGCUGAGCUUCUAGGGAGGUGGCAGUGGCAGGCUGGGUACAAUACCUCCGAGUCUUAUUCGGAGGUAAAAUUCACCUGUGUGGAGGCCCAACAUAGAGCCUGGCCUGUUUCGUGUGAAAAUGAGUCGGUUAUAUGAUACCAUAGAGCCAAAUGUGAUUGAUGAAGAGCUGCUUCAAAAAGCUGUGGAAGAGCAAGGGCCCCAAGAGGAAUUAGGACAGCUUGCCAAAAGGGAAGGCAUUGAUUAUAAAGAUGUCUUAGAGCUACAGCUUGAUUUUAGAAAUAUUUUGAAGAUUGAUAACCUCUGGCAGUUUGUGAAUCUGACUAAGCUGCAGCUAGACAACAACAUCAUUGAGAAGAUAGAGGCGUUGGAUAAUCUGGUUCACCUAAUCUGGCUUGAUUUGUCCUUCAAUAAUAUUGAAGUCAUUGAAGGUCUGGAAGCUCUGGUUAAACUGCAGGACUUGAGCCUCUACAAUAAUAGAAUAUCUAAGAUUGAGAAUCUGGACACACUUCAAGAACUACAGGUCUUCUCUAUAGGAAACAAUAAUCUAACUGCUUUGGAAAACGUGGUCUAUCUCAGGAAAUUUAAAAACCUACGCACAUUGAAUCUCACUGGGAACCCUGUCUGCGAAAAUGAACAGUAUUCAAUGUUUAUUGCCGCUCACCUUCCAGAUCUGGUGUACUUGGACUUCAGGCUUGUGGAUGACAACACACGAGAACUUGCAGAAAUAAAAUAUCAGUAUGUCAUUGAUGAGCUAAAGCAAGGUGAAGCUCAGGCCCUGGCUAAGCUGGUGGAAGAGCAGGCUAAGCAGAAAGAGUUGGAGCAUCACAAGGCUGCUUACGUCGAGCACCUGAAUGGAUCCUUCUUAUUUGAGAGUAUGUACACAGAAGAUACAGAAGCUGCCAGGCUGGCUUACCUCCCUGGAAUGGCUGACCUGCUGGAGACAUACAAGAGUAAAUUUGUAUUAAUUUGUGAGAACCUCUUUGCCUAUGGUCUGAAAGAGCAUGAAAAGCGACAAGCUGAAGUCUCAACCUUCUACGAGUGCCUUCAAGAAGCGAUGCAGGACAGUCAACAGCAGGGCACAAAAAUAAUCCUAGAUUUUGAAAAUGACAACCAGGGGCUGUUGGACGUCAUUCAAAACAUGAGUAAUUUUGAGAUUGCGGACUCUAAACUCGUAAAGUACAAUGAGGACCUCAGUCAGCUGUCAGACACACUUAUGACCCUGGAAAUGCAGACGGUUGACCAGCUAGAGGAAAUAAUAAAGGAUUUUGAAAGAAACAUUGCUGACCAGGUGUCAUCAUUUAUUGAGAACGUCCAAGGGAUGAUGGCUCAAUGCCGGGAUCUAGAAAAUCAUCACCACGAGAAACUGCUGGAGAUCGCAAUCAACAUGCUGGAGAAGAUAGUCAAGAGCGAGUUUGAUGAGGAGAUGCCAGAUGAUGUUCGACUGCUUUUUGUGGACAAAGACACCAUCGUCAACGCAGUGAACGCCUCCCACGAUAUCCACCUGCUGAAGAUCGAUAACAGAGAGGAUGACAUCAUCACCAAAGCCAAGAGCUGGUCCUCUUCGGUGAUUGAGGAGGUUCACAAGAACGAGAUCAGCAGAAACCGCAACCGUGUGAGAGAGAUUAAUCAAUACAUUGACCAUCUGCAGGAGGAGCUGGACAACAUGGAAAGCCUGGAACAGGUGGAGUAGGCCAACAGUGGCUCCCCUGUUAGGACACAGACCUUGGUGAUUAACAGGUGCGCCUCACCAUUUCUGACAGCUCCCGUGUAAAUACUCACUGAUGGGGAUGUUUCAUCCUGGAGUGUAACCCCUCCCCCCCCAAAAAAUCAUUUGCAAAUAAAAAUACCAUUUUUGUUUGGAAAAGUU